GUUUUCAAAGCGAACCGUCCAUGUUGUUGUUGGUCUUUGUUGUUCGACGGCUCUUUAUAAUCUUGUCGAUCACGUCGCCAAAAUGAGAAGAACAACUCUUGGAACACUAAAUAUUGGAAACCAAGGUAGACAAGUUGCCCGAGAAAAGAAAACUUCCCUUGGGCCGCGAUCCUCAGUCGGAAAUAGGACUUCUUUCGGGCGCCCUUCGUCGACCUCUGGGCGAAAUUCUCUGGCGAACCCAAGAUCCGCAACGGGCAGGUAAGCAACUGUGUUUUCAACUUUAGCCUUUUAUAUCUUGUUAUUGUCGGUAUUCUAAGACUUGUAUACGUAAGGAACUCUUAAAAGAGUGCUUCUGCACUUGGCUAGUGGUUAGCAAUGGUAAUCUUCUCGCAUUAUUGACUGUUUAACGAAUCAUUCUUGAAAACUGAAUCUUUCAGGAGGCCUUCCAGCCAGUAUGGAAGAGAGAACUGUGUACAGAUGAAAGAUCCGAGACCGCUUUCUGACAGAGGUGAAUACAUACAUUACUACUGUUGCUGUCGAACAUUCUUUAAAUGGCGAAAUUUGAAAUGUUCGAGCUAGGCUAUAGAAACUUGAAUUAGCAAAUUAAAUUUCGCUCAAGUAUGGCUGAUUUUUGUUUACCUUACAGGCUAUCAGCAAAAGAUGAUUCGAUAUCUCAUGGAGGUACGUUGUAUAAGUCUAUUUGUAUUGGCUGUUGACAAUCUUUUUGGUUCGUGUUAUGGAAAAGGAUACCAGGUUUUAUAAGUUCCAGUUAUGUGGAUUUAAUUUAUAACUUAUAGAAUGAACAUUUGUCAUAGGACUUCACUUAAUUGUGAUGGUUGCAGUUCUGAUCCGAUGCGAUUUCUUGGUUGAUCAAUGUGUCUAUAUUAACAAUAUUAUUUUUACUUUUGUAGUUUCUAACAGAGUUCAACUAUCCACAUCAAAUUUCCAUGAGAAUCCUAAGUGCACCCUCUAUGAAAGAGUUCUGUAAUAUUUUCCAGGUGAUUAUGUAGACAGUCUACGUUGUACAGGUAGCUUGUCAAAAAGACAACGCAAUCACUUGUCCUGUGUGUGCUAAUUUUUUGAAAUUAAAUCUCUAUAAAGUUCAGAUGUGAACAAAAAAUUUACAGUGCGUUGUGAAGUCUAAAAGGCUUUUUUAUGUGAUCCUUGCUGAUCUUUCUGUCUUGAUUCAGGAGGGGGGCGUAAGGGUUUGCGGUAUUGCGGUAUUGGGUCACUUUUGGUGCGGUGUUGCGGUAAUUUUCAUUUCAAAGUACGGUAUUGCGGUUUUCAGAGUCCAAGCGGUUUGCGGUAAGUUUAAAUUUUACGCCGCGGUAGUCUGUGAAAAAAUCGUUGUGUCGCGGUGAUCUGCUUCUUUUUCAUGACAAGAGGAUACAAAUCCUAAAAGGUCUCCCUGGCUAGCCUGCGUGACCUUAGCCUCCCACGCAGGCGUUUUUAGUGGAGCUCGUAUUUCUUUCCUCCCUUGGGGAGGGAAGAAAUACGAGCUCCCCUAAAAACGCCUGCGUGGGAGGCUAGCGUGACCUGUGUGCACAGUCGGGGAUUGUAUUGCGCAAACAAUGCAGACAAAUCGUAUGGCUUCUAAUUUCAGUUAAUACUUGAUAUGAUUAACGACAUUAACUUUUUCAUCCAAUGAUACGUAAACAUGUCGCAUUAUUUAUGACUUCAUGGACCUUGUGGGUAUAGUCAGCUUGGUUAACCUCCUUUAUACCAAUGUUACUACCACUUUCGUGCCAGUCACCAAACAAUAGAGAGCGAUCCAGAGGGUCAACUAAGUGAUCAGUCAGAUAUUCCAGCAAAUAGUGAGGUCAGUGAGAUCGUUAUAAAUUGCGUAGUGUCGAAAGAUAAUCUAUGAAGAUGGUGUGGUCUAAAAAUUACUACUUGUCCUUCUCGUUGUGCAUGCAGGAAUAUAGAAUGUACUAAUAUCCAUGUGUGCUUACCCUACGUAGCAUUGUAGCCCGGGGGUGGUGGUGGUGAGGGGGGGACUUCCUGAUAAGAGGCUAAUGAAGAUGUGCCGCUGGAUGGGGUCGCAUUUUCACGACUCGAUUGACUAUAAUGGGGUCGCAUUUUCAGAGAGUUUUUUUAGAAGGGGUCGCACAUUUUCUGCUUUUUUGGGGUAAGACAGUUCUUCAUAUUUACGGUUAGCAAAGGUAUCAGAAUGUUUGUAUUGUAGAUGAAAAGUAAAGUGUUCUUCAUUCAAUCUAAAACAAGGUCAAUUCAUAAAAAUAGAAAGUGACGACGUUGGGAUCGAGAAAAUUAAAUAUUUGUUAAAAUGACUAAGAUGGGGUCUAUAAUUGGCCACAGAAUAGACUGUAAUGGGGUAGGGGCUCUGAGAGGCCAGCGGCACAUACCAACCAAAUAUUAACCCAAGUACCCCCCCACCCCCACCCCGGCAUGGCAGUUUUACAUGGUUUUGUCGGCAGCACCACUGUGAGCGGCGAAGCAGCCCCCGCCCAAUCUCCUCGCCCACGCCCGCCUUAUUUCGACUUAUUAUUUAGCGCUUAACCAAAACCGCCAUGCUACGCAGGCUAGUGUGUACUGUGUGCCCUUCGAAUCCAAAAGGCAGCCCGGGCGGUCGUUUUGAAACCCUCAACACAGAACCGAGUUAGUUGUGAAUCUGAAACAACCUUAUAAGAGUCAACUGUUUUCCAUCCAUUCAGGGCUCAAAAAAAGUCCUGUCCGGUCGUCCACGACAAGCAGAUUUUCUACUGCCUGGGCAAGUAACUUUUAAACUCACUUGCCCAGUGGGCAAUGGUCUAAGCAAGUGAUCUUCUAACUAAAUCAUUAACUAAGAAGAGCAAGAAGUGGCCCUGGGCAAGCAAAAUGCGAGAGCUGUUUGCCCAAAGGACAAGCUGGAAUGAAGUUUUUUUCAAGUCCUGUUGAUUGAGCCUUGAUUACAAAGAGUGGUAAAAUCGACAGCCAUAAGCGAGGGAUUUCGCUCAGCUACCAUGAAAGUUGUUAUCUGAGGUAAGAUUUCUGUAUAACCCCAUACAUUUAUUAUGCAUGCAGCAAUUUCAUACUUUUUUGCACAAAUUUUGUAAUAUAAAUGGUAGAGUUGAAACUUGAAUGCAUAGUAAAUCGAUGGGGUUAUACAGAACUCUUACCAUCUCUGAUUGUUUAAUUCCCAUGGUCCACCUACUUGUUGCUUGUACCCAGCAUCACAGUGACCGCCCUGACAUUGCAUAACAGGAUUCUUACUACUGAUCUGUUUUAUUAAAUAUGUGAGAUUUGAUUUUACUUGCAUUAUCAAUAGUUUUUGUACAAGUACAUCAAAGCAGACAGCCAGAAAGCUACAGUGCUGGAUAAACCUGCAGAAGAAAUCCCUAAGUUUUUCAAGAUGAUGGGGUAUGUAGUUCUUGUCACAAGAAAUAAAUUUUCUAGUUCAUUUUCACAAAAUCUAUUGAAAACAGAAUUUUGAAGCAAUAAUACCCUUCUCAACAAUAAUAGGUCUCUGAAUAAAAAAGGUCAUGGCAUUGCUUCAUUUUUUAUCCUGUUACGUUGAUGAAUAAUAAGGUAACUUAAGAAUGCUUAAUCUUUGCAUAUUUUUAGGUAUCCUUUUAGUAUUUCAAAGAGUAAUUUGCACUCAGUAGGCAGUCCACAUGCAUGGCCUAUCAUACUAGGAGCACUGUGCUGGCUUAUUGAGCUGAUCAGGGUAUGUAUACCAUAUUACACUGGAAAACUAACAAUUGAAUUCAUAAAAAGCUUUGUUUUUUUAUGAGUUUUUCUCAGUUUUUUGGAUUUGACAUUGGUUACAUGAUAACUGUCUGUGAAAUCAAGGUAAAAAUGUUUUUACCUUGUACUGUAGAUGUUUCAUUAUUCAAGAUAGGGCCCUUGACAAAAACUGGAUUUGUCAAAAAAAAGAUCAACCCCUACCACCCUAUAUCAUAGCAGCCUUCUGUAUUUCAGUUGACUACAAUGUUGAUCUGAUUUGGUUCAAGCCAGCUGUUGUUGUUGUUGUAAUUUUGAAGGCCAAGAUUUGUCGUUUUAUAGGAAAAUGAGAGAAUUUAUUUGUAAUUUUCUAACAGUGGGAUCCAGUAAGAAAAUUGUGAGCACUAAUAAAGUACUAACACCAAUAAAAUCUUACAGCUUGCGAUGAGUGUUGGUCAAGACAUUCAGGGAACUGUUAUGUUCCCGGAGGACACCUAUGAAACAGGACAAUACCAAGAGGAUGGACCAAAACCUGAGGACAAGGUCUAUAAUACAACUGUUUUAGUUGAAAUUCUCUUUAUAGAGACCCCUCUUGUCAUCUUUAGACAAUUUAAAACCUUGAAUUCCAAUAAUUUUACUCCGUCUUCAAUGUUCUCUUUGUAUACAUAUAUAUAUUCAUUCAUUUCUGUGUGAGAAUCAGAUUGGAUAACAACUUGUGUAUUUUUAAAACUUUUAUGUGACUUUUAAUUUAUUUUAGUAACCUUUAAGGAGGGUAAGAAGUGUUGCUUCAGGUGGUAAAUUUUACUGGUUACCUCCUAAUAAGAAGAACAAUGAAGAUAGCCCUUACUCUGAACUUGGGAAUCCAGGCUAGGGUACCCAGGAUAUGAUUUCUAUGGAAGAACUGAGAUUUCCUAGUAAAACCCGAAAGCACUUUAGUAGGCUGCCAGGGUCCUCCAGACCCUGCUAGAACUUGGGAAUCCAGGCCUAGAUUUCCAUAAACUUCAAAAAAAAAAGGAAUAGGGCACAAAACCAAAGAGGAUGAAUGAUUUCUAUGAACAAUUACAAUGAACAUUUGAGAACUAUUUUUGUUGUAGCUGUAGGGUGCGCUGCUGCCACUUUUUACAAUUUAAUUGCAAUGUGGCCCCUAAGCUUCGCUUUCAUGCCUAUGUCAUAAGUGUGUUUAAAGAUGAAUUGAUAUUCUUAUUUAAGACUUCAAAAAAGGUAAGGUUUUAGUUUCUCAGAGAGGCACUGAUCAACAGAGCGCCUUUGACAGGCUUGUACAUCUUUCAGUUUUCACAGAUUACCAGGCUUGUACAUCUUUCAGUGUCACGGAGAGGCACUGAUCAACAGAUUCCCCUUUGAUCUCUCUGUGGAGCUCCUUCCAGCUCCUAGAGUUGUUGCAACUUCAACUCUGAAAUAUAAGAUUUAAUGCCUGUUAGGGACUAUUCACAUAUAGCUGGCCUGACUUUUAUUCUGAAACGAGUUCAUUCCAUCUUCAUUUAUUUUUUUGUAUUUGUUUACAUGAUACUGAAGAGUCAGUUCCUGUCCACUUUAUUCUGGUUUUCAGUCGGAAUAGAACUCUCAUUCUGGUAUGAAGUUUCCUUCUGGUAUCAUGUAAACUGAAAACAAAUUUCUUUCUGGAUUGAAAAUUGCUAAUCGUAAGUCUGUCACGAGUGGAGUAUAUUUUGAUUGGCAUGAAAACCACGUGGGGAGAACGUCUAAGGCUGAGCCAGUCAAUUUUAUCAUAUGAAUGAAGUACAAACUUCACUCUGGAAGGAAAGUCAUUUUGGUAUCAUGAAAAUAGUCUUUUAGGGCUGGGGAAAAUUGGUGCCAUUUCUUUUACUUUUUCUCAAGUCUAUUAAUUUAUUUGUUUUCUUUUUCAGUACUUUUUCAGUUAUCUUGAGAAAAGUUAUGCAGCUUUCAUGAUGGGUCAAGAACUUGAUGAACUUGGGGAGUAUGACCAAGAGUUCAUAGAAAACAUCAGUAAGUGUUUUUAAAAAAUACUUUUGCCACACUUUUAUCUGAUUGCUUAAAGUACAGAUGUAUCAUAAUUUCUAGCUUCACUUAAUUACAUGUUUGAAAGAAGGAGUGAGUUGUAAAUACAUGUAAGCCCCUCAGAUGAUUUUUAGCAUUAUUCCUCGAGCCCGAAUGGGCUCUGAGUCAAUAGCCCAUGAGGCCGAAGACCGAAUGAGCUAUUGACUCAGAGGCCAUGAGGGCGAGAGGAAUAAUAAUUGUUUUAGUGAAAUCCAACUAGUUGGUCAAAAAUACCGAGAAUAAAAAAAUUUUAGCUAGUUAAAGCUAGACUUUAAUCCUUUUUUGCCGCCAAAAAGCCCGUGCUUUUUGCUACUAGGGGGCUAUGCCUAUAACAUAUAGCCUAGUAGUAGCUCAACCAAUCAGAACACAGCAGUGAUAAUAGGCACUAGUUGGAUUUUACUAAUAGUUAAUAGUCAUAUCUUCUACAAUAAAAUUACUGUAAUUUUAACGGUAUGAGGCUACAUUUACACUGCACUGUUCAUUUUUUUUUUUUGCUCUGUUUGGACAGUCACGAACCUUGAAAGGCUAGGUGUCUAAAUUUUUCAUCUGUUUUAACGUGGUUCUGUGUGAAUAAAGUUUUAACUGGUCGAAAAUUUUUCCAGUGUUGUGUGAUAGCCUAAGGGUAAGAUACAUAUUUUCUUAAGAUACCGGUACUAAAGGCAUGCCCAAAAAAAUUGCAAAUAAUAAACACCAGGUCUGUAGUGUGAGAGACUGUGAUUCAGUUUGACAUUCAAGAAACACAUUUGUGAUAUGCCAUUAACUAUUAUUAUUUUGGUUUACUUUUCUUAACAGGAUUAAGGAACGUUGAUGCACUUGAUGGUAUUAACCUUUACGUAUAAUUGUUAAAUAAUUGGGCAGUGGUGAGGUGCAGCUUUGACUGUUCACAACCUUUUGAUAUCUCUAUGCAAACUGAGAAGAAUGUAGAAAACGGUGCUCCCAUUAGAAAGCUUGUUUUAUGAGUCAAUUUCAUGAGUUGUGAGUCAAGUUAUGAGUCAGGUUAUUGACUCAUUUACAUGUAAUUCGCUGCUCCCAGCCUUUUGCUCUCAGCCUUGUUAUGCAUGUCCAGUUUAUGUGCCAUUUGAUUAAAACAAAAACAAAAAAAAACAGGAAAUAGAAGGUUGUUAAACAGUGCAGCAGUGAGCGCUUUUAAUUUAUGGGUGAUUUGACCAUUAUGUUUUGGUAACCUUCCUAACAGACAGCCCAUGCCUGAGUUUAACCCUUUAAGACCUGAAUUUAUUUUUUGCACAUUUUAAGAUCUAAGGCUGGUAUUGUUAAAUGCACUGAAUGAAUGAUUUGUAAUGGUAAAAUUUGUAAUUAUUUUUCUGACAUAUGGGGAGACUCAGACUAACAUGCAAAAUUCAGGACUAGGUUGCAAAAUUUGAUAUGCCCAGAUUGAUUAGCCAGUUAAAAAAAUUAUUGCCUGAACAUUCAAAAUAUUUCUCAGUUUUCGAUUGGCUAUAAUCCCACCUCUAAUUCUUCAUAAACAGGUAGUAUUGAUCAAAUUUGGAAGAUGUCUGCAAAAUGACAUCUAGUUCAGUGGAAUCUGGUUAAUGUGGACACCAAGGAGAGUGUCUGUGUUAUUUGGGUGUCCAUAGACACUUGACUUCGUUUUAUCAGCAGACAUUCUUGCAGCAAGGGGAGCGAGGGUGGUGCAGUGGUGAGAGCACUUGCCUCUCACCAAUGUGGCCCGGGUUCAACUCCCGGCGUCGACGCCAUAUGUGGGUUAAGUUUGUUGUUGGUUCUCUCCCUUGCUCCGAGAGGUUUUUCUCUGGGUACUCCGGUUUUCCCCUCUCCUCAAAACCCAACACUUCCAAAUUCCAAUUCGAUCUGGAACGCACGGACAUGUUUAAACGAGUUCAUAUGAACUCCUAUGUGCUUUGUGGGUAAACAAGCAAUUUACAAUUUUUUUUUUUUUUACAAUGUAAAAGAAAUAUUGUUUAAUUCCUUAGUAGUAACUGUAACUAGUUCAUCAUAAACAAACCUCAGAAUCAUUCACCAUAGUCUCAGACUAAAAACUCCCUUUCAAGUAUUUGUCUUGAAAUAAAACGAUCAGGAAUCUGUAACUUUGCCUUGUACUGGCACUUUGAGUUUGCGACUCAACCAGGUGGACUGAACAUUAGACAGAACCUUUGAAAGGUCAUUCGCUGUAUUUGCAAGGUUUUCAUACUAGGUAAAAUAUUCAGUCGUAGACAGUGCACAGAUAAAAAGUGUCCAUAAAGCGAGGUUGAUAAAAAUUAAUGUGGGAAAAUGUGUCUCUCAGGACACAAAAAGUGCCUGUUGCCUGUAUUUAGCGGGGUAUUUUUAGAGAAAAUAUAUGAGCUUUUCGUUGAGACAAGCAAAACUGUCCAUUAUAUAUGGGUGUCCAUAUUAAGUGGAUAUCUGUAGAGCGGGGUUCCACUGUACAGGGAAAUACCAGAAAAAAAAGAUUCUUUUUUCUUUUAGGAAUGGAAGAAUUAAUGAAAGAAAAACUUUCAUUGGAAGAAGAAUUGAAUGCCUUGAAAAGUGAUUCUGUAAGUACAAAGUUUGUGCUAGUCUCAUGAGCAAAGCUUUGUGAAUUGGCCAUUUCCAAGUUGCCCUCAGCCCUGGGGAGUGGGGGGAGUCCUCCCUCAUGCGAGCCAUAUAGGAAUGUGCCGCCCCUAAAGGUAUGGUUUUUGUGCCGUUUUGGUCUGGAAUCGGUCUGGUUUUUGGGGAGCUACGGGAGUGUAUGGAUGUAUUUGUUAUUUCAAUUCCAAAUGAAUAGAAAAAGAAAGAUUAUUAAGCGAUUUCGACCUGGAUUUUAAGAAAUGGUUUUGUUGGCAUUAUAUUGUAAUUAACGAUGACACAAUUUCUGCCUAUGCCAGGUCUGAAAACGGGUGUGGAAAAUGGCCUAUAUUGGUCUGAAAUAGGGCGGGUCAGGAUUUGGAGGGCCGGGUUUUAAAGCAAGGCUAGGUGCGAAGCUAUUGAAAUGGGAAUGAUUUUUUAAUCUCAUGCAAAUAAAACUCACUUUCAUAACAAAGGUUUUGCACUUAGCCUGGUUUUGAAAGUGAGUGAUUUGGAACUCAGAAAUGGCAAACCCAUUUUGGUUUAAAUGUAGACCUCACUGAAGAAGUGUAAUAUGAUUGUUUUCUUUCAGUCGCGUCUGCAAACACUGUCUGACAGAAAGGCAACAUUAGUCUCUGACAGGUAAGAAACCUGGAUUAGACAAGUAACAGUGAUCCUAAUAUUUUAAAUAAAUUGGGCAUGCAUCGCAUCUUUUAUGUUAGGCUGGUUUUCACUAAGGACGGAGGCGGAGUCGCAAUCGUAAGCGGAGUCGGAAGAGCGCUCAUGACCUUUUAAGAAUCAAAAAUCAGAGUCGUGAGCAGAUUCAUAAGCGCGACGGAGUGGGAGUCGAGAGAAUCAGAACAUUUCCAUUUUUUUCCGGCCCUGAUUAUGACCCCGUCGUUUACGAUCUGGUGAAAACCAGAUUGUUAGAGUCGGAAGCAGAAGCGGAAGGAUAAACCAAUCACAAUGCACCUUCUGGGUUCACACGCUUAAAUGUGAUUGGUUUAGUUGUUGCGCUUCUGCUUACGACUCCGACGACCUAGUUUUCACUUAAUCGUAAACGACGGAGUCGUAAGCGGAAUCAGGACGCUGUUGUCAUUGGAUCGUAAAGUCUAACGCUUCUGACUCUGACUCCGUCGCUAGUGAAACCAGCCUUUACAGAGCAUGCGCUGUAUGAUACAAUGACAUCGAAUGCCCCCGUUUUCGCCCGUCCACACGUAAAAAGAGGAGCCGGUGUUUUAAAAAAGUACUCCACUCUGGGGAUUUUUUUUGUAUUAAAGCCAGCUAUUUUCACGCCGUUUACGUGUGGACGGAAGGCUUAAACGCAGAAAAUAUCUCCGUUUUUUAUUUUAGAAAUAUCUGGAUACGUGGGAAAGAGGACCUAAAGAAAUGUUGGUAUUUUUCUUGCAGAGAAAAGUUUGUAAACUACAUCGGAGACUUGGGGAAACAUAAGAAACAACUGGAUGAUGUUAAUAAUCAACAGAUGGAGGAAUUACAAGUACUAAGUAAGAACAAGAUGGAGAUUAUAACUGAAAACAACUUUUAGUUUCCAACUUUCUUCUAUCGACCAUGUAGAAAAUAAAGCUACAGUAAAACGAGCAGGAAAAACGUGCAAAUUGUUUUGCGACAUUGCGGCAAAACGCCUUUUUACCACCCACGUUCAAACCUUUCUUCAAUGAAUCAGGUUGUCGGUGCGAAAAGUACCAAAAGGUAGAGAAGUCUACUUUUGCAAAAAAAUCUCUACAUGUUGCACGUUUUACCGGCCUAACACAAACUCGUUUUCCAACAAGUGACGUAAUUCAAGUAUAUGGAGUGAUUCCCGCUUAAUUUCAUCCAAUCAGAAGUCAGUAUUUGUGCAAUUCGCAACAACCUGAUUUGUUGGUUAAACGCGCAACCAUAUCGCUUUUCUACUCAUUUUGCAGCAAUGUUGCAAAACAAGUUGCACGUAAUUGUUGCCUGUUUUUUUUGUAGCUGAGGAAACUGGAAACCUCAUUCUUCCUUAUGCUACUGACAUGUCCGAUGUCGUUACAACUGUCUGCUCUAAACUGUCUUUUACAUAAUGAGUUGUAUAAACGAAGUGCCUUCCAGAGACUAAGUAAGGGUGAAUUUUCAAGUCUAUUUACCUUCGGUUGCAUAUAUUAAUAUAAGCGUGUACACGUGAGGUUCUAAUUGGGUGCAAACGAGUCAUGUUUUACCGCCAAACAUUCGAAGUUUGGUGUACGCGGCUGUUGUCGACUUGAUUCGUUUUCGCUCAACAAAAUAUUCUUUGCAAGAAUUUUUAGACGUUAAGAAUAAUUUCUGGAGGCAAGUUUGCUGUUUCUGAGCGAGAAAUAUGCCUGAAAGUUAAGAAAAAUGUGGUAUGAGCGGAACGCGUUGCUCAAAACAUAUAAACAACUUAACGGCUGUCAAACUUCAAAUGUUUGGCGGCAAAACAUGUCAUGUCUGGCACCCUAUUAGAAAAUGUUUUUCCUCGUGUCCACGCUUAGAUGCAACCGACGGUAGUACCAGUUUUAUAGUAGCACAAGAACAACUUUUUAGCUACAUCAGUUACGUUUUAUCUAUAUAGGAGGCUCCAAUGAUACCGGUAUUUAAAAAGGUUCGUUUAACUUUUCGUGUAUUGGGAAUUACUUGUUGCGUGUAUUAAAGUAUCCACUAGCGGAACAUUUUUUGUUUUGCAAAAAGUAAAACUGGGCUGUCCGUCACUCUCUCAAUAGGGAACUUUAAUAAGAUGGAGACGUUUUCGGGGCGACGGCGACCGGACUGGCAGAGAAAGCCUGGAACUAAGGCAGCCGUCGCUUCCCGUCAAAAAUAGGGACCUUAAGAUCCGAGGACGGCGACGGAAGAGAAAACGUCGUUGAAAAAGUGAAUUCGCGUUCUUUCAAUCUUCAUCGCGAUUACUCCAAGUCACUAACUUUGUCAAAUGUAGACGAACCCUCCUAAAGUUGAAUUCCCAAGAACUAUAUCCAAGUUCAGAGAGAGAGGGGAAAUUUCGUCGUCGCUUGUGUAUUUCCUCUGUACAUCGUGAAAUUAGGCAUUUUCACAUCGUAGUUGUGUAGUGACGGCAAAGAAAUGUACAAAAAAGCGUGAUGCACGUGCAAAAUUGUUGUUUUGGUUAUUAAACCUAUUGCUUUUAUGGCGUUCCCGUUGCCGUCGCCGUCGUCGGAUCUUAAGGUCCCUAAUAGGGAACUCAGAAGGACGGCGCCUUUAAUUAGAAGAAUACCGAAGAGGAAAAUAUGGCUUCACAUAAAGAAUUAAGGGAAUAAAUAUUUGCUAUGCAGACAACAUGUAUCGGAUGAAGAGUUUCUCGUUUUGUGGGAAAAUUAUGAGUCCAAAAAUCCCGAUUUUCCUCGGGACAGUUAAGAUCCGUGCACGCUAAAAAACAUGCGGGAUGCAGCUGAGUUCAAGGCAGAAUUUCGUGUUGAAAAAAAAAAUGAUCUCCACAGGCUUGCCGAAGCCUUGCAAAUUACAGGAACAUUAAAAUGCUACCAAGGAGCCGUAUUCUUAGUUUGGUAUUGAAAUAAUUCCCGGGAAAUACUUGCAUGCAACAACAACAACAACGGCAACAACUUUAUUUCAGUAUUCCCACGCCGAGUUAGUACAUGGUAUUACCUACUAUUCUACAUAAUUUUCAAUGCGUUUCAUUUAUACGAUAUUCUAACGAAAAGAGCGGACUAAAGACACACAACUGAAAUAUCGGAGUUCAUAUUUUUUGUCUGGAUACUUUUAUUUGGCUCGUUGGAAAAUUUUGUCCCAUGUCAAGCUCACUUACGGUUGGCUGUUUGCCAAGUUGGAUCUUGACCCUGUGACAUGAAAACAUAGAAACAUUCAAAGAUGUAAGUUUAGAUAACAGAGCUGGGAAAUCGAGCUUGAAAUGUGCCUCAAAGAAAACAAGGACAAUUUAAGAACGAUAAUCUGCAAAAUGUUGGUUGCUAAACGCAACAAACCUGAUUGAAAUGAAAGUUAAAUACUCACGUUUUCGCCACAACGCCAAACAGACCAGUUUCACGUCGCCGACGGGACCACGACGGCAAGGUGGUGAGCACGAGCAUGCGCAAUAUCCAACAAAUGAUGAUGUCACGUCCGGUUGAAGUUGCCGUCGCCCCGAACACGUCUCUAUCUUAAGUUCCCAAAUAUAAUGAGCAUUAAAAGUACAAAUUAUUAUUUAAUGCUGAUUUGCGGUAUCCAUUAUUUUACAGAGGUGGAACAAGACGCUGCGAUGGAGGAAAAUUCAAAGCUACAGGUGAAAGUUGUACAAUUUUUAAGUCAUCGAAAAAGAUGGAAAAGUUUCCCUUCAGAAGUUAUUUCUUUUCUUUGGUAAUAUUAACCAGUGAUAUUGUGUUACUAAAAUUAGCACAUGAAUAACAACGGCAUCUGAGCGGCAAAAAGACCUUACUCCGAGAGCUAAAUUAAGGGAAACGACGGGAAGGUUACUGAAAAAUGGAAAUUGCAAUAUCGCAGAAUGUUAUGUUUGUUCAAACUGAGAGGCGAUGUUAAUACAUGUCGGAAAUGUUUAGACUUUGUGUCUCACUGUCCGAGUAAAACCAAACUCGGCGCUACGGAUAUAACAAAAAAAGACUGUUCUGUACGUAUAAUUUAUAAAAACUAGAGGCGAUUUUUCGCGAUUCAUCAUUUUGGUACUCCGGAAUUGGUUUCCCUGCGUUCCCCGAAGUUGUGUGAAUCGGAAACAGAAACGUCCGGUUUGCUCGCGUCCUCCGCCGGAGAUUUUGAAUCCGGAAUCUAAAAUGAGUACUUUGUAUCCGAAUGAAUGUUCUCGGAUUAACUGUUGAGUGUAAAGAUCUGUGAAUCUUUAGCCUGCGUAGCAGGCGCUGGUUUACUCCGCGCGAGGGGAACACGCAAAGGAGAGAGAAGGAAGCUCUUUAUCUCCUCUCCUCCUUUCUCCCUCUCGCGCGCGCUUGUCCUCGAGAUUUCUCUGUUUGCCCUGAAAACAACCGGUGCCUGCUACGCAGGGCUAGCGAAUUUGAAUCCUUUAAAAUGUAAUGAAUCAGCAUCUGGAAAAAUCUCCCCUACUGGGUUCGUACAGGUCAUGGAAAACCCGGAAAGUCGUGGAAUUUAAGAAUUUCAUUUUCAAGGCCUGGAAAGUCAUGAAAUUUAAUUGUCGGUCUUUGAGAAUCAUGGAAAACUGGAAAAGGUCAUCGAAAAAGUCAUGGAAUUUGAAGAACUCAAGCCUUGAGUACGAACGCUACAAUAGUUUAAACCUAGCGUUAAAAACAGACUCGUAAGUCGACCAAUGGAUCUGACUAGUUCCAGCUGACAUCCGGUAAACAAAAUGUUGAUAAACAUUUAUUAUUUAUUUUCCAGGAAACUCUUAACAACCAGGAGUUGAGUGCGGCGGAUGUGGAGAGAAUGAAGCUGGAGAAAAAGGAAUUACAGAAAGCUGUAGAACAACUGGGAAAAAGUCGUGAUUAUUUCGAUCAACAAAUCUGGGAAAAGGAGAUGCAGUACGCCAAAAAAUACGAAGAGGUAGGAGAAAUACACAAGGCAUACAGUAUUUGAUCGUUAAUUUUUUUGCUUCAAAUCGGUGGUUGUAACUUGUCGUCGACUCUUCCAACGUCAAACCGGUCUUAGCAAAUAAAACAACCCGCAACCGUUUAUUGAACGGGGAAAAAACGGUGAUCGUCAUUUAUAUAUAAAGAAGUUUUUAAAAACAACAACAACAACUUGCAGUAACAUACAAAAAAGUACCAAAUAAAGGGUGAUCAGCCAAACAGAGAAUGAGAAUUUAAAACGGAUUUUAUCUUUAGUACGCAUUUUUAAUAAACAUAAUUAAAACUACUAGUUAAGGGUUUUUACUCUACAUUAUCAAAACAAUUUUUGUUGCUUUCUCACUUUCAGACUGAGAAACAUAUUCAGGAAUACAAUAAAAUGGCCAGGAAACUGAAGCUUAUUCCCUCCACAGCUGAACAUGCAAAUGGCAUCGAUUUUGAGAUGCAUUUUAAUCCACAUACACAAAGACCGGAUCAGCGAACCCACGUGGACUUUAAAGGAACAAUUAAGGUAUUUUCUGUCCUUACUGAGAUUGAGAGUUGUCUACUCAUUCGGUUCUUUUUUUUGUUACUGCUGCUGGGCUCGAGAAACGCUCGAAUUCCAGAUGUUUCUUGCACAAGCAGUUCUCACAUUUUGUUUUGAAUGUCUUAGUUUAUGAUUUAAAGCGUUUUAAUUACAAGAUGACUGACUUAGGACAAGUGAGCUCGUUAUACAGCUUCUUGCCUAGCCUGGGACCAGGUACCGUAAUGGGUGAAAAUGGCAAAAAACGGGGUGUAAAAGCAAAACAAAAGACGAGCGAACCGAUCCGAGGGGUGUAAUGAGCCCUUUCCCAUCCCAGACUCCCAGUUGCCUUUUUUCCCGCCACUGCCAAGCCUGAUCUUUGGCUACUUCUUGCCCAGCAAGAAAAUUAAUUUCUCCCGAACGAUCGCGUCUUUAUUCAAGCCCUGUUCAUGUGUUUUUUGGAACGAGGGAAUGCUUAAAACUAAUCCCACGUCAGAUAAAAUCAAUUCGUGUUCUUUGAAACUUCAGUUAAUUGCAACAGCGUUUGUCAAUUGUAGACGUUGUUCAUUAACAUGAUACUGGAAAUUUCACGUCGUAGCCAAAGAAAUGCACGCAAACAGUGCUAUGCAGAUACAGAGUUUUUGUUUUGUUUUCGUAGGACCAAACUUUCCGGAAACGUUUUUGACAAGAGCAAAUGGAUAACAAAAAUAGUCACAAAUCUUUGGAAAUGAUUUCGGAAGCGCUUAGGCAAACCAUUGUACUGAGAAUUCUUCUGUAUAUUACAAGUCGAAGAAAUUUUUUAAAAUUUUGGUAAGCCUGUGGGGUUAAACUUUUUUCUUUUGUUUUCGUAAGUUUCAGAAAAGCAAGAAAACAAUUAUUUCAUUCGCUUCCUGGAAUUUCGGAACAAUACUGAAAGCUGUUGUUGCUCUCGUCGUCAUUGAACCGACUAUUUUAAAAAGUUUGCAUACCUUGUUCGUGCUAUGCAACGCGCCACCGUCAGUUCUGUUAAAGAGCUGUUUUCAUUCGAAAACUUUUGCUAUUUGUGUGUUAUUCUAUCAGUCAUUGUCUACACGCAUUAAAACGUUAAAAAAAGGUUAAAGGCUUGUUUAUAGUGGAAAUUGCACUUAGCUUGUCCAGCUAAUUUACAGGCACUCCACUCAAAUAUUUAGAAACAAAUAGUUCAAAUACAACAUAACAGGAUUAAAAACCCCAACUGGCAGAAGGCGACCAGUUGGCUAUUUACAAGCGUGGCCGAGAAUUUGAACUCGGGACGCCCGAGCACAAAUCCAGCAAGUGGCCAGAGCGGGACUCGAACCCGGGACCGCCGGAUUGCGAGUGCGACGCACUGACCACUCGGCCACGCUGCCUCCCUAAACGUACUGAGAAAGGUUCUUAUUUUUCUACAGCCUGCGUUGCUUCGCCUUAAGCAACAAAUGAGUGAAAAAAGUCGUACUAUCCAGUCUCAAAUCAUCACUGAGGAGGAAGCAGUUGACCAGGUAAAAAUACAGCUAUUCCUUUUCUUAAACAAAAGGGAAAAUGAAUGUAUAAUUGACAUAGUAAUCGUUUAAAAGUCGAAUAAGGGUAAAACUUUUUGUCACCGAGAGAGACUCAUAACAAUUCGCUAAUAUACUAACUGUAGUUGUGCUUGUUCUGUUUUGCUCCAAGGGACCCAUUGAAUCUUUUUGUAUAAUUGAUGGAAUUUUCCAAUUGAACAUGGAAUUAUUUCGAGAAAUACAGAUAUUUUGCUGUGUAAUUUAUUGAGGCGAAGAGGCCGAAAUUGCCAACUCUACUGAAACUCUAAAUUAAUUGUUGUUUUUUUUGUCAGAUAAGUGACAUGGUGUUAGAGAAGAAGGAAGAAGUAACAGCACUAGAUAUGAGGUUGCAAGCGUUGGAUAAGGAUUUGGAUUGGAAGAAAGAGGUAACGGCUUUUCUUGCAAUUAAGGUUUAUACAAAUACAGUGGAACCCGUAUUUGACGAACCUCUGUACAGUGUAACCUCUCCUUUGGGAUACCUCUAUUCAAGAGACACCUCCAUUCAGGGGACACAAAAAAUUUGGUCCCGGAAAAAUGUUCAGAUAAUCUUUGUAUUUGUUAUGGCUCUACUGAAGAGACACCUCUGUUCAGGGAGAGAUGCACUUUUUCUGAGUACCGAAAACACGGAUUAAACCUCUAUUCAGGAGACACCUCAGCACCCAAAAAGAGACUUACACAAAAGAUCGUUACAACAUCGAUAAGUUGAUCAUGAUUUUUUACACAAUAUCUAGCUGCUUGAAAUAAUGACUGCAGCAGAUUCCAAGGCGGAAUAAUAGGAAAGCAUUUUAUUUUGUUAGUUUUGACUUAUCCUAUUAUUCCGCCUUGGAAUCUGCUGCAGUUUUUAUCAAAAUUAUUAACAAACCUCAGCCCAUCCUCCAUUCAGGUGACACUUGCCUUGGUCCCGAGGGUGUCCCCUGAAUAGAGGUUCCACUGUAUAGCGAAGUCCUUGGUAAAACGAACGAUUUUCUUUACCCAAUAAUAGUAAAAUAUAUGGAAAGAACCUCGAUAUAACGAAGCCUCUUUAUAGCGAACAUAUUUUAAGUCCCUUGGCACUUCGUUAUACUGAGGUUCCACUCUAUGAGCAAACAAAGAAAGCACAAAAAAACAAAAAAAAAAAUGAAAAGGAUACCGAACACAACUACAGAAGGUAAUUUGUUUUUUGAUUUAGAUCAUGGCAAAGGAGUAUCAGAAAUCCACAGGCAACGCUCAGAGUCUGGAGGAAGGCGUCCAACAAAUGCGAAGCGAAUUACGGGGAAAAGAAGAGGAAGUAGAAGAACAGGAGAAAAAACUCAAGGAGAAUAAAUUAAGGUAAAACUCAAGCAACCUUCGUGGGACUUGUUCCUUAAAGGUUGUAACCUUUGAAUACAAACACUUCUCAUUGCUCCCUCCCCGCCACCCACCCCUGCUAUGGACGCGAAACGUCACCAGCAACAGGGAGCGAUGAGAUGCGGCUGUAUUCGCAGGCAACAAGCGUUGGGCGCUGAGCCCAAGCUUAGUAGAAUAACGAAAUAGAUGUUCUCUCAUGGCCCUAAAGCAAACGUUAGGUCAUAGGUAUCCUAUUAUAAUUAGCCCCAAUUUUGUUCACUUAUUCUGUUUGCGGGCUUCUGUGUCUUUUGAAUAGAAAAUCUACAAUAGUUAGUAGGAGAUUUAGAGUUACGGUUACGGCAAACGGCGGAGUCAGGUUAAAACUUCUCAGAAUAGAAAAUGAGCUGACAAAAAUAUUCCGGAACAGUUCUUAUAAUAUGGAUGAAAAUAAUAUGUAACUAAUAUUUUUCUGUAGAAGUGAAGAACAUAGGGAAAACUUUGUCACUUGGUACAAAUUCACAUUUGCCGAAAACGUGAUUGUAAUUGUCUGCCUUCUUUACGUUAUAUGGUUCUUAAAAGCAAUGGAAUGAUAAAGCAUUGGGCUGGAUCAGUAACCUUAUGCGAUGUACGAUCUUUUCUUUUUUGCAGGACUGAAGAAAGUAGAAUUGCACGCGAGCAAGAAAAAGAAGAGUACUCUAAUUUUGUCCUGAAGGCCUGUCAGAUGAUAAAAGAACACAAAACUGCCAUACAUGUAAGAGACGUAAAAUAGAGUUUUUAACGGAGCAUGGGAUAUUUUUUAUUAUAAUUUUUAAACACAAACUAUCUCCUGUAGCUCCUGCGAUAAUCGUAAGAGAGGUUAAGCAUCACGCUUACGUCAAACGGCAAACGCGAAUUUGUACCAUGUGACCAACUUUCCUCUUUACUUGUCGUUUACCGCUCAUUAUCUCUACACCUAAAUUAAUGGUUUCACGAACUUUUUUUAUCCAUAAGAAUUGUUUUCAGCCAUUUUUAUCUGCUCAUUUUCUAUUUUGAGAAAUUCAUAACUCGAAUCUGACGUUUGCCGUUUGCCGUAUACGUGAAGCUUAAACUCCCUAUCAGCUGAUUAAUGACUAUAUGAAACCUCAUAAAUUUAAAAGUGUCCCGCACCCUCCAGUUGUAUGGUGUUCAAUUCAGCAAUUGCUCCCCAGCGGAAUACAAUGGGUCGGUUAUUAAAACGAAGUCUAACUUAGAACGCGGUGUAGGAAAUCUUUGGACCUGCAGAUCUUUUCCUUAGUGGAUUAUUUUAAGAAGACAAAUACUUUUCUAGUCUGUGCCAUAUGCUUUCAUGAUACUGUUCACAAUAAAUGGUGUUUUCGUAAAAGCGUUCAGCAAACUGAAAAUGGCUUAGAACAGGGUUUUGUUAAACACUAGCUAAACUCCGUUCAAAUAACUGGCCCACUGUGUUGAAGCCCUUUCCACGGGCGAUUUACGUUUUAUAUGACGUCACAGCGGCCAUGUUGUUGCGCCGAGCUACCAUCCCAUUCACCACUUUGAAAACGAGAAGGGAACUGGGCCGAGUUACUUUCGCAAAGACUCCCGGGACUGUUACUAGAGAAAGGUUAAAAUAUUGGCCAAUAGCAGACCGUCCCGUCCCAGAAACACUUGCGGGUCACAAUUCGACUCCAGUUCCCGCGAAUGGGAUUUGAGUCCGCAUAGCUGCAGGCCACGUGAGUGAGAGUGUUCUUUAUUAUAUACAUGAGAAAAAUGAUACGUCCAAUCAGAAGCCACAGAGGUGUAGGAGUUUCGCGCCAAAAUUCCCGCCUUUUAUUGCAGCUUGCAGCGCCGCUUCGCACACAUUUAUCAACGAGAAAAGUUUUACUCAAGGAGUUUUUCUCGCUAAAAAGUGAAAAACAUUUCGGAAAUGGAGUGGAAUAGUCUCGUUUGUUUCACUGUCGAUAAAAAAAUACGGUAGAGAGCCGGUGAAACAACAGCGGAAAGGGAUUAACAGAACGAGACGUAAGCUUUUGUUGUGCUUUUUGUCGGAGCUACUUUGCCUUUCAUUUAAGCUUAAGCUUAUAUUGAAACCGGCCAUUUUACUUAAAUUCACUCAUUUUCAAUUGUGUAUUGAGAACAAACAGUUAAGAUUACUUAUAGUUCUUGGAUUAAACCUCAUAUCCUCACCGUCAUUUAUGUUUUUAACAAACGUUUUUACUAAAAAGCUGAUACUUCGUUUUCGUUGUCAUUUUGCGGUAAGUGUGUAGCGGCAAAUUUUAGCAUUUUUGAAAGAUUUAAAAUAAAAAGGCCCGCAAAAUGAUGAAUGACUCAGUAUGUAUAUAAUAAACACAAUACCACAUGGAAAGUGCUUUGUACGGUAUUUACGCACUCGUUGUUUUUGUAUCAGAAAUCUUACUCGUUCGCUGCGCUCACUCGUUCGAUUUCUGAUACGUCAACAACUCGUGCGUAAAUACCGUACGCCAGCACUUUCCAUGAAGUAUUCUCUAUAUACUACUGGUCUUGCUUAUGUUUCUAUCCUAGCUCUAAACAACACCAAAGUAUAAGUCGCUUUUCUCAAACCGCACUCACACAACAGAAGUAUUUUAUUCGAUCCCAUUUGCUAUAUCCACAAACUUCAAGGUGGCGGAGAAGAGUCUUUUGUGAAACAUCCACGGUCAUAAGCCUAACAGACAUCGUCCUCGAGCAUUAUAAACCCAGUUUCGGCUCGCCGAUUUGCUUUCUGCUUUUUCUUUAUCUUGCAUUUGUUAUUUUUCAGAAUCGAAUCCAGGAGCUUCAAGCAGAUGCUAAAGAUAUUCUCGAGGAAACGAAGGCGCUGGAAGUUCCUAAGUCUUCCAUCCUGUUAGCACAACAACGAUUGGAAGAUCAACCUGUCGAAGGCUUAUAAAUUAUCCAUCCUGUAGACGCUGUCACAUUUCAUAACAUUUUAGUUGACUAUUUUAUGAGAUUCGGGUCAAGUCUUAUUCUCCAGUCAUGAAAACUGAGAGAUCAGCAGUAGUAUAAGUUAUGUUUAUGUGUGCGGUGUAGGAUAGUCUGCGUUGCCGAGCGCAGUUGUGGCUAAGUGGUCGUUUCCCGCGCUUAGCUGCCGCUGCGAGUAUCAGCUCUUAAUUCUGAUUGGUUCUUUUGGUAGGGGUUAAUGGCACAAAUGUUUAAAAAAAAGCAUUCAAUGGGCUAGAUGAUUUGUGCGAUACUAUUCAACCAACAUUUUGCGACAUUUUAUUCCAAAACUAAAUGGAUCAGUUCGGUCUAACGUACCCAGCAUGUGCAAUUUCAAAUCUGGGCGCGAAACGCGUCCUCUGAUAGGAAUCAAACGAGGCCAGUCCGAUGCUGCCUUUUAUAGAAUUUCAAAAAGUUUGGUUGAGUGGUUUCGUACCUAAUAAUUAUAAAAACGUAUGGGAGGCAAAACACAAUCCAUCAAUCAUUGCUUGAUUAAUCACAGGCGUCCAAAGUUCACGUUACUAGUGCCUUAUGUAGAUCACAGGCGACCCAAGCUCAUUACAUGAACGCGGACGUGACUCUCGCUUGCGAGCGGUGUUGUUUUACAAACGGCUAUUUGCAAUGGCUUGUAUGGGAUGUAAACGGUUUUUCUUGAAAGAGAAAAAAAAUGUUAUGUUUUUAAAGAAAAUCGACUUACCUUAUUGCCUUGUUGUAUUCUUUAUUGUUUGCCCUCGUCUCAGGCCGUUUUGAAGCGUUUCCGGCGAGUUAGCGUAUUUUGGUGUUCCACUUCUAAAAGAAGGACUUUCUUUCUUUUAGCAGUGGAUAAUGAUACUUAGCGUUCGCAGACCUCAGUACUUUGUCAUAAAAAGUCUCAACGUUUGCUUGUAAUGAGACACCGACCCUCUUGUGAGAAAGUUUAUUUACAUAACCCUCUCGUAACGUGAGCUUGGGACGCCAGUUCUUCCAUCGGCACAUGCCCAACAAGUUUGUUAUCCAGUUUGUUAAGUCCCUCACGUUAACUGACCAUUCACCGUAUAUUUGUCACUGUUGCAGUACAUAAUUUAUUAAAGUUUUGUUUUUUAACAUUCGGUUGUUUCUCAAAAGAAGAAAUAGGCGCCAUGGGCGCUAUAUCAAAUCGUUACGAUACGCCAAAUUUUGGCGGGAACAAAGAGAGUACUACAAUAUUUUUGUAAACGGCCAACUGUUUUGGUUUAAAACUGGAUCACCUAGUCCAAGUCGCAUGCGAGAACAAGAAAAAAGGACGUGAGGCACAUCGCAAAACACCAUAAAAGCGCAGUGGCGCUUACAGCGUUUUCUGCAAGAAAUUAAAUGGGCUUUUUAGGGCUAAAUUCGAACAGGUUUCCGCUAAAAGCGGACUCUUUCUUACAUCUCACCUCCAGUCACAGAUGAGAUUUGCUGCUUAUAAAGAGUAAAUGAAAACUCAGUAAGCUAACAGACUUUCAAUGUUUUGUAAAGGAGCUGCAGAUUUCUGCGGCAUCAGAUCAAAAGGGUCUCAAGGACAUUCUAUGGUUGCCGAAAGGUGGAGAAAAUGUUCUGGUUUUGUCAUUUAUUCAUAUUUUAAAAGACUGCAUUUACAGCAGUUAAAAGGGAUGAAAAGUUGUAAACUAAGUACAGUGGAACCGAAGUGCCAAGGAACUGGG